GAAAAACACCAUGCCUAGGCUUGAAGAGGCAAAGCAUCUUCUAAAGCACUCUUCACUUCUUCUUCUUCUCUAAUCUCACUUUUAGAAGCAUGGUAGGACCUUCUCUUGACACCACCACUAGCCUCCAUCUCCACCACCAUAAACCACCGUCCUCCUCCGCCGCCACCACAACGAUAAAGUUCCUAUGUAGUUACGGCGGCAAGAUUAUUCCUCGUUUUCCAGACGGAAAACUUCGUUAUCACGGUGGUGAAACUCGCGUUCUUGCUGUUGACCGGUCCAUUUCCUUCUCUGAACUUUUGUUGAAGCUUGGAGAAUUAUGUGGAACGAGAGUGAAUCUACUACGGUGUCAAUUACCUACAGAGGAUCUUGAUGCUCUUGUAUCGAUUACCUCCGAUGAAGACCUAGUUAAUUUAAUGGAGGAAUAUAACCGAGCUGCCAAUCAAAAAAUCAGAGUUUUUCUUUCCCUGCCUAAAAAACUAUCUCCUCCAUCUUCAACCUCUUCCUCCUCAUCAUCCUCUGCAUCCUCAUCAUCAUCUUCAAAUAGCUAUGCAGCUACGAAUGGCUCCACAGCUUCAUCUUCUUCAGCUUCGACUCCGAGAUAUUACCAUCAGAUUUCAAAGGCGGUAGCUUAUCCCGUGAAAAAGAUUCAUCAUCCUCAUAAUUACGGUUAUUAUGGAAACCCUAGCCAAUAUCCUACAUGGUUCACAACGGGAACCAUUGGCAAUAACGAGUGGUGAUUGAAAAAAAACUGAGAACUGGAUGAAUAUAUGUCAUAAGAAGAAGAAGAAUAUCUGAACAUAAUAAUCAAGAAAAUAUAUGAAAAACGGAACCGGAGCUAGUGGCGGAACUGGAUCAUAUAUAUAUAAUCUAUAUAUAUAUACAUGAAUAUGUAAUUUGGGGACUGUAAAUCAUUAAGAAGGAUUUGCGUUUUUUCUUUGGUCCGUGGAAAUUAAUGAAUUUUCAGUCCAGUUUCCAAAUUUA